UUUCUUUUCGUACAACCAAAAUAUGAUGAUUGUUAGCCAAAUAUUAGUAUGUUUGUUCAUACAAUUUCAUCCGCUGGAAUGCGCAAAACUUACUGGGGGCCAACACAUCGUCUUUCCAGAAGUGCUAGAAACACGGAGUGCUAAUAACGCCAAAGUGCUAAAAAUCACCGAAGAUCUCACCCUAAAUCUCGAGAAGAGUUCUAUUCUGAGCAAGAACUUUUUACUGCGGACUUACGAGGAUAAAAUUAUGAAGCACACUUACCAUGACGGGGAAGUACUAGAACAAGACCUUUACCAUGACACCAAUCAUUCAGCUUCGGUUAUGGUGUCCGAUGAUAGCGGUGUUCAAGUGGAAGGUGUGCUGGGACCAAAUCUGCGAAUAAAGCCUCUAAUGAAUGGAAGAAGUGUACAAGAGAAAACCGCUCAUGUACUGUAUGAAAUUACUGAUGACGCAGAUCACAGUAGUGCGAAUAUUGGUGUUCAUUGGAGAAAGGAUUUGUCAAAUGAAACAAACAUUUCAGAAAGAGAUGGCACUGCUGGUGGCGCGGAUUCUGAAGCUCGGGCAGAGCUCCUCGUGGCCGUGGACAGCACCUUUCACAGCAAGUUUACAAGUGUUCUUACGCUCAUGAGAUACAUAAUCAUUUGUAUGAAUUCGGUCAAUGUAAGAUACAUGACCGUACGAGGCAUGAAAGUACGAAUCCUGCUUCAAGCAAUCGAAGUUUUUGAUGCGCACACGGAAGGAUUCUUAUACCGUGUUGACGAGCUCCUUGCCAGUUAUCGGACCCUGGAAUCAUUCAGAGAUUACGUGGAGCGAAAUCCACCAAAAUAUCAGCGGUAUGAUGCCGUGUAUCUCAUAACUGGGCUCAACAUGGCGCAGUACAACGGAUAUCGCUGGGAUGUCGAGUUGCAAGGAAUCGCGUAUGUGGGUGGAGCAUGCAGCAACCGUAAAGUCGGAAUUGGUGAAGACAGAGCUGACACUUUCUUCGGAGUGCGAAUAACAGCUCACGAAGUUGCACACUUGAUCGGAUGCCCUCAUGAUGGCCAGUUCUCUGGUGCCUACUCAUCUGUACAAUGUCCGUGGGAUUAUGGUUAUAUUAUGAGCUACAAAAUUCAAAACAGCAACAGUAUGAAGUUCUCUUCCUGUUGCCAGGAAAACAUCAUGCGGUUUGUGCACUACGGCUCAGGAAGUUGUUUACUGCAAAAGGGAUCAAAACGUACAAUAAAGAAGACAAACUUCACGGAUGAACUCCCUGGAACACUGGUCAGAGACAUCUGCAGGGCCGCCUAUCCUGAAGUGCCAGAAACGUAUAUCAUAGAGAAUGAAGGCAGACUUGAAUGCCAAUGUCGUUGCUACAUGCCGCAACGGGUUUGGCGCCAUGAAUAUAAGAUAGCCGUUUUUGCGGAUAACACUCCCUGCAGCCAGGGGAGGCAACCCGUGAUGCUCAUCAUCAUAUGA